AUGAGUAGUAGUAGUAGUAGUAGUGAUCAAUUAAAUGGUGGUAUUGGAACCACCAACAGUAGCCGGGGCGACACUCAGAGUGACAACGGUGAACUCUAUAGCUCAUUCCAAUUGGCUGCCAACCACCUUACUCUGCUCUACAAACAUAGUUUACAACAACAGAAAAACUCUUAUCAAAAAGGUAGAAGAGAUGCUAUGCAAUCCAUCUUGAGAAUCAUUAGACAUUCCUCAUCUUCUUCUGCUUCUUCUCCAACAACAACAACAACACAACAACAACAACUACAACAACAAAACGAUAUAAUUAUCAAACAAAUUAUUAGAUAUAUUGAGAUAGAUCAACAACAACAACAACAAAACACAGUAGUACCAACAGCUACAACAUCCACAUCACCAUCUACAACUCAAAAUAGUAGUAAUAAUAAUACAAUAGCAGUGACAGCAAGAGCUACAACAACUUUGAACAACAAUACUUCAUGUGAAGAGAAUAUGACAGACUUGGAAAAUCAACAACAACUACAACAACAACAACAACCUCAACAUCCCAUGUGUAAAAAUGAAAUUUCACAAAGUAAUAAUAAUUUUAUUACUCAAAAUGAUAUAAAGUUUAUAUUUAAUAAUAGUAAUAGUGGAACAUUUGGUGUCAAUAAUUCCAAAAGUUUAUUUGAUGUAGAGCUCGAUAACAAUAUGUUUCAAUUCGAUAAUACCAACACUACUCAUGCAUCACCUUUAUUAGCCAAUAAAUUAUCAAAUGCCCAUAGUCUUAUAAAUCAUAGUGGUACUCAUACUCAUAGCCACAAUCAUAGUCAUCAAAGUAUAGGGGUGAAUCGUCUACCCGAUAAAAUCAAUCCAGAGACAACAGCAAUCAAGAAAAAGCGAUCAUCGAAUGAAUGUAGACAACAUAUUAAUAUCAACAGCAGCAGCAGCAGCAGCAGCGGCGGCGGCGGCGGCAAUAACAGUAGCAGUAGUAGAAAUGCUACUCUAUUCUUUGAAUCACUGGAUCCACGCCAACAAUCUAUAUUUCAAGAUUUUAUCCUAGGUGAUAACAAUUCGCUAGAUCAUUUCACACUUCAACAACAACUACAGAACUCUCAUUUUCAAUCUGAUCAUCAACCGGCUACUGCAACCGAUGACACACACCAACAACAACAACAACAACAACAAUCAACCAACAGAGACACUCAUAUAAAUCAACACGAACAUCAUCAAUAUCAACAUACAAACUAUAUUUCAACAGAACAAAUAUUUAAACGUAUACGAAUAGAUCAUUAG